AUGAGUGCACGAGACUCCAACAAGUCAUCAUUACCACUAUUACCAACAACCGAUGUCAACGACAAUCCAACAGAGCAAUCCAGCAGCAAAUUUCCCAAAAUCAAAAUAAAUUUCGAGCCAACCAUUACCGUUGAAGAAUUAUUAAAUAAAAAAAAACCGGAAAGACUAUCCAAACCGCCAAAUGCAUUUAUGAUUUAUCGAAUCGAAUAUCAUAAAGAAAUCAAACGUCAAAAAAUUAUGAUACCAAUGACUACACUCUCGCAAAUGGCUAGCGUGUCGUGGAGAGAAGAAGAAGAGUUCGUGAAAAAAUGUUACAACGAUUUGGCGAAACAAGUUGCCGAAAAAUGGGCAAAAUCACACAUCAAGUCUUCCUCUUUCAAGAAAAACUGGGAAAUAACUUAUGGAGGACAAAGCAGCAAAAAAUUUAGUGAGAAGAAAUUGAAAUCGAUAAAAAGACCUUCAGAUACUGAAAAAUCAGACGAAUUGAAGAUCAUUCAUGAGUAUGAAGAUAAUAUAACGAUAACACCACCAAAUGUAUCAGUGAACGAACCGAUACAAUCCCAUGAUUUGCAAGAUCCACAAUUCUUGGAUCCUUUCCCAGAGAAUCAAUAUUUUAUUAUUGCAAGCAAGAAUUCAACUCCAGACAUUCAAAAUAUUUACGUUGAAAUCCCAAGAACUGAGUUUCAUCCUUCAUAUAGUGUCAGCACUUCACCAUUGGUUCCUAAGGUGUCCUAUCAUAGUCCAGCGAAUUCUCUUGAAGAUUGGCUGUUCCCUUAUGAAACAGAACUCUCUUAUAAAGAAAUAAUAAAGACAAUCAAUGCGCCUGAUGAUUUUAUUACGUUGCUUCCUUCUAUUAUGGAAGCCGAACUUUUUGAAUAA